GCUUUGCUUUUAGUUUCGGAUUACGUUUAUUUGUUCACCAUUUGUACGAAGGCAUCAAACCACUACACUUGACUCGCAAGUUCUUUUGUUCACCUUUAAAAAUUUGUGUUGUUUUUUGAAUUUAUUUUGUAAUACUAUUGAGAUUAUUGUUGAGAACAUACUUCGCUCCGGUUGGCAUCUCUGUCUGAAUAACGGCGCUUGAGAAGUGUGAAUACUGAUGGCUUCGAAAGUGUGUGACGCUGUACCCAGCGAGACGAAGCCGUGGCAGCUCUCCAGAACGGCGUACGGAAGAGGAAUACCAGCUUUGUGCCUCCUGCACCAGGAGAUCGAGAAGUUUUAUAAUUUUAUGCAGUCGACACCUAUUGAGUUUUUGUUGCGGGCAGAGGCCGUUCGGCGCAUCGAGGACGUGGUGCUGGCUAUCUGGCCCAGUUCCUGCGUAGACGUCUUUGGAUCCUUUCGCACUGGACUGAAUCUCCCUGUUUCGGACAUCGAUAUGGUGGUGUAUCAUGCCAACCACUGGCACAAGGCACCACUGCACGAGCUGCAACGCGAACUGAUCGCACGCGGAGUGGCGGAACCCGAUUCAAUCAGCGUACUGGACAAGGCUUCCAUGCCGGUGGUCAAGUUCACAGAGACCAUAUCCCAAAUCAAGUUCGACGUGAACUUCAAUGCAGCCGCCUCUGGCGUACAGGCGGCCGAAUUGAUCAGGGAAUUUAUCCGACAGUAUCCCGACCUGCCCAAGUUGGUGAUGGUGCUCAAGCAAUUUCUAACGAUCCAGGGCCUGAACGAGGUCUAUAGUACGGGCGGAGUCUCCUCAUACGCUCUCACACUUAUGUGCAUUAGUUUUCUAAAGCAGCAGGCGCGUUGCAAGAAGAAGUACAAUUGCCACAACAAGCUGGGGUUGCUCCUGCUUCAGUUUCUGGAUUACUAUGGGCGAAAAUUCGACUUCUUCAAGUACGGAAUCUCAGUGCUUGCCGAAGACGGCUGCGUCGAGAAGGAGCGCCUGCGCUCCACCCUCGGAGAAAAUAACUGGCAGUCUGUACUCAGCAUUGAGGACCCAGUGACCCCGACUAACGAUAUCGGACGCAGCUCGUAUGCUGCCUUGCAUGUGAUGCAGGGCUUCGAGGCAGCCUACCUUAAGCUGUCCAAGCUCGUCGACUCGGACGCCUCGAAAAUUGAGGGCCCCAUUCUGGGUAGCAUUAUAGAAGUCCCUCAGUCUGUGAUCAACUACCGGGCUUGGGUGCAGUACAACUUUCAACAUCUGAUGCCAAAAUCUUGCCCCGUUUAUAGCGCCAAUCAGAAGCUGGAAGCCAAGCGCACCACUUCCUCAUCUGCCUCUGAGGACGAGCGGUCAGAGGGCCGACGGCCAGUGUAUUUCCGAUCCGGGUUUCGUCGAACCUAGACUUAGUUUCAGCGUGUGCGAGUCAUAAGUUUAAUUAAGUAUGUUUACGUUUAUGCUAGUUUCGCCAAAUGUUCAUUUCAUUAUCUUUAUUUGCUUACUGUUAUGCAUGGCAUAUGUAUAAAUCAUUAAAUAUUUACAAUUUA